AUGGCGGGGCCUCGGGCGCCUGUGGGCACGCUCGGUGCGCAUGUCGCGAGCGCUGCGGCGCUGCGAAGGGAGCAGCGCCAGAACUCGCGGAUCUCAAGCAGUGCCCCGGCAUCAUUCAACAAGAGCAAGGAUUUCGCAGGCAGCUCCAGCAGCAGCAGCAGCAGCGACGAGUCAGGGAGCGACAGCGACUCCGAUAGCGAUAUCGAUAAUGGCGAGACGGCGCUGCAGUUUCAGAACCGGCUCAGCCAGUCCGCUGCGACAAAGAUAAACGGCACAAAGACAGCUACAGCGACAACUUCGGCGAAGCCCGCAUUCCUUAAGAGCAGAACAAAGGUCGAGGAAGUUGCUGAGAGUCCCGAGAACUCUCCUACAAAAACAAAGUCAUCCAAGAAGAAGGCCAAGGAGGAGAUUGACGAAACCCCACUCAAGUCUCAAAGUAGGAGGGAUGUCAUCCAAGAGACACCUACAAAGUCGUUACCCUCAAAGAGCCCCACAGUCAAUGGCCUCAAGGGUAGGGUCGAACCCGACUCCGAUUCUAGUUCUGAGGAGGAUUCAUCUGAGGAUGAGGAGCCCGCGACGAGACCGGUUGUCAAAGCAGCGGUUCAGGAAGAUGAUACGUCUUCCUCCGAAGAAAGCGACAGUGAUAGCGAGGACGAAAAGGGAGGCGCAAAAGUUGUAACGAAGGAAGCCGAGUCAGAAUCCGACUCCGAGUCGAGCGAGGAAGACUCUAAGAGUGACGCCAGCGAAGAUCUGGGGUUGGAUACAGAGAGUAAGGCUCCGACGGCAAAGGCUGCGGUUCCAGCAAAGAAAACUGUCCAGUCGCAUUCGGAAUCAAGCUCGGGCGAGUCCGAAUCUUCGUCGUCUGAUGAGAGUGAUAGCGAGAGUGACGAAGAGCAGACACUACCGAAGACAUCAAAGCCUCCGGUCAAGCCUGUAAACCCUGCAUCAAAAGCAGCGGAAGAGAGCUCGGAAUCUGAAUCAGGAUCUGAGGAGUCUGAGAGCGAGAGUGAGGACGAGAAGCAAUCAUCGAAGACGGCUUCUCAAGCCAUAUCGAAGAAGGUCACACAGAGCGUCGAAGGAAGCAGUUCUAGAUCGGACGACGAAUCCGGCGAUGAGAGUAGCUCUGAUUCAGGAGAUAGUGAGAGCGAUGCUACUAGCUCUUCGGGUUCUGAUGAGGAAUCCGAUGUUGAGAUGGCGGACGAGUCUUUUGCAAUCACUACCAGGACCAAUGGAGAGCAGGCACUGGCAACAGCUGGUCAAGUUCCUGAACUGAUUGCCCCGGACUUCCACCUGCGUAAGGCUGGAGAGCAAGGCGAUGCUGCCGAUGUUGCCGAAGUCUUCCGCGAUGCUCAACUUAACGGAAAGCAGAUCUGGUACUUCACGGCUCCGGCUUCAGCACCAAUCACUGCGAUCGAGGAUAUGGAAAUCCCACUCGAUGACGCUGACGAUGGAAAGCCUGUGAUGUCGCACAACGGCGUUGAUUACUCGAUGGCGUUUGACGACGGCUCAGCUCAGAAAUCGGUCACCUUGGUUAUCCCCAAUGCUGCAGGGGAUAAGUACACUUCGGGCAACGGAGUCGCAAGCAGCAGUCGUGCUAUCGUGCCGGCGACAAAACAGCCCCGUCCCCAGCCUCCGAACCUUAGGGUGCGAUUCAAUCCGUUAGGAACUCCAAGCGGACCCGUAACGAAGAGCAUCCUGAAGGCACCACGGUCACGAAACGAAGAUACUGUAAUGACCGAGGCGCCAAGAGCCUCUGUUUCAACGCCUCAGUCAGACUCAAAGAAGAAGAGGAAGCACGCAGACGAGGACGAAGAGGCCGCGUCCCAGGAUACGGCCAAGACCAACAAGUCUGAGAAGAAGAAAGCCAAGAAGUUGCGCCUGGAAGAGGAGGCCGCGUCAUCGCAGCUGAGGAGGAAGUCUACAACGCCUAUUCCGCCGCCUGUCAUCAAUGGAGUCUUUCCGUCUUCUGCAAAGGCACCCGCCAAGCAGACACCGAGCUCCAGCAUCAUCACCCCCUCCGACCAAAGUGAAGUCGGAACAGACCACAUCAUCCAGAAUCGCCAGCUCGCAGCCGGUGAAGUCCUCCACAGCCAGGCAAACGCCCGUCCCUCUGCCGAGUUUCCCAGUGCCUGCCUCAAGCCAGCCUAUCAAGGCAGAUGGAGAAAAGAAGAAGAGAAAGAGGCACAAGGUCAAGAAAGAAGAAUCUGA